AAAUGCGCAUUUCACAUUGUUUUUUCUCCAAGAUGGUGGACGAAGAGAAGCUUCCUGUGUCUCAAUGGAGUUCAGAAGAAGUGGGAUUAUGGCUGGAAAAUAUAGGCUAUGGCGAUUAUUACAAAGAGUUUGUCAACGACAAUAGAAUCGACGGGCAAGUUCUCCUCAUUUUGACUGAAAAUGACCUCAAAGAUUCACUUGGAAUUCGAGUUCUCGGUGAUAGGAAACGGCUAUGGCUUGCCAUUAAUAAAUUACAACAGGAACAUAGCAAAUCGGCCCUAAAUUUAGACACGUAUUCAAGAAAAAAGAGCCUGGAUUUCAAGGACAGUGCUUAUAUUUCUUCAAGCGAUUCAAAUGACGAUGAAGAAGGAUCGAAUUCCCUAAGCCUCGCUGAUGUUUCAGAGACAUGGCGAACGUUCCUCAGUGUUCUGUACGCUUUCCUUGUUUUCUGCCUCACGUCUUUUGUGAUGACUGUGGUCCACGAUAGGGUUCCGGACAUGAAGAAAUACCCUCCACUGCCCGAUAUUAUCCUGGAUAGCGUCCCUCUCAUUCCUUGGGCCUUUACCAUGUGUGAGUUUACCGGUAUCGUCCUGUGGUCCAUGUGGGUAGCCGUCUUAUUUUUACACAAGCAUAGAAUGAUUUUAAUUAGACGCAUGAUGGCUCUGGCCGGGACUGUCUUCCUUUUGCGUUGUGUCACAAUGUUCGUCACUUCACUCAGUGUGCCUGGGAUUCAUUUAGAAUGUUCUGGAAAGCUUUAUGGGGAUGUGUGGGCUAAGCUACAUCGUGCAUUUGAAAUCAUGUUUGGUUUUGGCAUGUCAGUAAAUGGUGUUCGUUCAUGUGGGGAUUACAUGUUCAGCGGCCACACAGUUGUUAUCACCCUUUUGAACUUCUUUAUAACAGAAUCUAAAGAAUGCAGUAUCACUGUUUGCAAUGCAAAUUUGAAAAUAACAAUGGUUGGCCUGCCGCCUGUACAGAAAUCCACCAAAGUUUACUGGACAUCUGUAUCACCCUCAGAAGCUGAGCCAUUGAAAUAUGAAGUUUAUAUGGGUGUCACAUCACCUCAGAACCGCUGUGAAUGCCCCCAACUAGACAUGCCAACUAUGCGGCUCAGUCCUCAGUGCAAAACAAUAUCAGCCAGUGUGAAUAGGACUUUGCAGUGUGAUAUCACCAAGAAUACAACGGCACUUAAGUCAUGGGAGAAUGAUAGUGGAAUUUGCAUAAUGCUCAAGGCAUCUUCAACUCGCACAAAUUAUACCUGCUUUGAAUUCACCGAGUGGAGCCUUUCCGACUGUGCACUGUGCCCUACUCCAGAAAACAUCUCGCUAUCUGUUACCAGAAGGCGGGCAUUUACUAUUAAGUGGAGUCCUCCAUCACACGUGAUGUCUCAACAAGCUUUCAAGUACACCAUGAGAUACAGAAUCUUUUACAAGUCGAAUGGAAUAGGCUCAGAUGAGCAGUCAGAGGAUUUUGGCUACAGGGGAGACUACACAGCAGAGAUCCGUGGUUUGGCUGAAUGGGAAGACUACAAUGUAUGGGUUGAGUGUUCAUUUCUUGGUGACUGGUCUGACACUGCUUGCCGGGGGGAACAGGCAGGUCCCUAUACUAUCAGGACUCUACAAGGGGCACCUUCUGAACCUCCGAAGAUUUGUGGUUUUGAUAGAAUAUCAGAUGUCAACGGAAAACUCCUCCUCCUUAGAUUUAAGAUGCCCUCUAACCAGGCCCUGCAUGGUGACAUCAUCAGUCACGAAAUCCAGUACUGUAACAGACCGUCAGAACGUGACUGCUUUACGGCCAACAUAACAAGUCUUACCCCUGCACCACCCUCACAGGAUGCUUGUGACAAUUCUGUUGAGGGGAGGGUUAGAUUUGACUGCAAUGUCACGUGCUCCUUCCGUAUAAGGAUAUGUACAGCCGUUGGGUGCAGUCCGUGGAGCUCGCCGUCACACAACGUGUCACUUGAUGUUGGUCCUCCCGAGCGUGUCAGGGGAAGAGAGUCCAUUAGCCCUGUUGAGUUGUGGAUUGGUAUUGGUCUCGUAGUGUUCAUCGUUAUCGCUGUAUUCAUAGCCUGCGUUGUCUUAAAAUGCAGAGAACGUGUGCGCAGAGAUCCCAUCGGUGCUUGUAUCGGAAAUCUGGAAAUACCUUACCGAGAUGUUGACAGGCAAAAUGAGGAUGAGGACGAUAACGAGUACGAUGAAGCAAUAAUGUAGGGAUCACCACGUGAUCGCCAUGGAUAACUCAAGUGAUCACCAUGGAUAUUAUCACGUGACCAGAAUAGAUAUUACCACGUGAUCACCAUGGUAACUUCACGUGAUCAACAUGGAUAUAACCACGUGAUCACCAGGGAUAUUAUCACGUGAUUAGAAUGGAUAUUACCCUGUGGCUAGAAUGGAUAUUACCACGUGAUUACCAUGGAUAUCAUCCCCUGGUCACCAUGGAUAUUAUCACGUGAUUAAAAUGGAUAUUACCCUGUGACUAGAAUUGAUAUUACCACGUGAUUACCAUGGAUAUCAUCCCCUGGUCACCAUGGAUAUUUCCACGUGAUUACCAUGGAUAUCAUCCCCUGGUCACCAUGGAUAUUUCCACGUGAUUACCAUGGAUAUCAUCCCCUGGUCACCAUGGAUAUUUCCACGUGGAAGGAAAAAGGAGAGAACUUGAGGGAGCAAUAGGUAGAAAAUGUAAAGGAAGACGAGGUGGGGUUCUGGGUUUCAACUAAACCCAUCAAUUGUUUUGACCAGUGAAUAUAAGUUAUGGUCCGUUACCCUAACUAUGCGUCGGGUCAAACAUCUUGCCGGCCGUACCAGCAAACGCGGCAAAAGUAAUAAAAUGUAAAUUUAGGUCAAGUAUUGACUAAAUAAAAGUUGUGCAUAGUAGGUCUGUAUUUAUAUAUAUUUAUAGGUUUUGAAAAAUGGUUUUAAUUGCCAUUUUAGAUGUACUUAAGGUGCAAGUUGCUACUUGGUCCUUUGAGAUUGAUAAAGGCCAAACUUUUCCCUACGAGCUUGCUAGUAUUCAGGGGCCGCGGAAGGUAGGGGGACUAGGCCCUACUCCACUUCCACGAGUAAGGAUACGUUUUAUUUAAAACUUUUUAUUUGACUUUUCCCUACAAAAUUAUGUUAUUUUGAAAUUGUAUUCUUUCACAAUAGCUAGCAGAUAAGUAGGAUUGACAGCGUAUCGUAGGGUUAUAAUGACUUGCUUGACGUGAUGAGAUCUUCUGAAAGAGAAAGCAAAGAACAGUACUUUUAAAUGUGUAGUUCCAGAAAAUAUCCAUCCCACCCUCCUCCCCAUGGAGGGGAUUGGAUUCCGGGGGUGUUCAAACGCCCAGGAAUUUCCAGAGGAGAGAAGGGUAAAAUGGCCGUUUUUCCUUAACAGUUACUCAAUAGAUAGAUAGUUUAUUUAAUUCGCAAUAUUUAAGGUAGUUGGAAUGGAACUUUAAGUUUAAUGAUGGAAUAAAGAUAAUGUAUUAUGCACGA